CCAGACUGACUUGCAUGGCAGGUUUUGUAAAAAUCUAUACACAUACAGCUGGUUGUACUGUCUAUUGUAGCCUGUUGUUUAAGUGCCUUGAAGGUGCACUGGCUGUGCCAGUUGAACCUGCAACCGCAGAUGUGCAGACAUAAGCCAAAGAAGUGCAAAAAUUCAAAAUGACGAAUUCAGUUACGCGGGAAGCGUUCUUCACUAUUGGAUGAUUCGGAGUCUUCUGAGUUGCUCGGUCCUGCCUAAGCCAAGGUUUGCGGCUCUCGUGGCGCGCACUCGUUCGUAGACUCGGCAGGAGUUCGUAGGUUUGCUGCGCACAAUCGCAUCGCACCCCGGGCUCGGAAUCACGGUCACGGCCGGGAUACGGUUUGAGGAAUGCGUGUGGUUCUCAAGCUCGCUAGAUCCAUCCGGGCCGCCGAGGAGCGAGGCAGUUGCAGGUGCAUGUAUCCUCAGCUAACGAAGGUUGCCUUCUCCAACAGCCGCGACAGUGGAUUCCGAAACGGCAGAAGUCCGAUUGUGCAUCUGUAGCAGAUUUAUUUUAAAGAAAACAGCCCAAAAAACACGCACUUUGCUCUUUGUGUACUGAAUUCUAUUAAAAAAAUACAUUAUCUCAAUCUUUUAUUGCAGAACUAGAAGUACAAGGAGAGAAGAGUGAGGCUGUAGGAUACCCUGUGCAGGAAAUUGGGUAAGGUAACCGCUUAAUUAUUAUAUUUUAUUAAACGGGCUUCAUGACCUCAACAAUUGAGUAUAUAGCAAUAUAUUGUGAAUGUGCUCCUCAGCAUUGUAUGUCGAAAAAUAUAUUGCAAUGACUAAAAGCAGCAGUCAUUUUAUAUAUUUCCACAAGUGUUUUAUUGGUAAUACUUGCUAAUGGAAUAUGCUGCUGUGCGCUCCAUUUCGUUACAAUUUCGGUACAAUUCGGACAUCUAACGGUCAAGAGAGGAAUUGCAGCAACAAACACCCUCAAACCACAACAUGCACUGUUUGACAGUGACAAACGCGACAGAGCCUGCCGUCUUUUCGUAGUGUUCUAGUAAGAAAGUAUUCGGUGACUUAAGGUGGCUUAAUGAAACGUUGCUGCACAACACAAUAUGUUCUGUCUUUUUGGAAGUUUUUACUUUAGCUAACCAGGCACAUCUUUGGGCACACUAAUCCCUGUCGACCCUUCUGGCUCCUGGGAGCCAGUUCUCUCUUGUGUCUCCAUGUGGACACAUUUCUGAUGUACUGGACCAGAAUGUGCACCAACCCUGCAGGCUGCAGCGGGACCUGAAACAGUGAGCAGUUUCACAAGCUUGCAACUGCACUGGAUAGGAACAGGCAGUACAACGAGGACAUUUCAAGCAUAUAAAUAGUUUGUGUUUGUUUACAUUGUCCUUAUUGAAAAACAAGCAAUUGUUUGUUUAAAUGUGAAUAGUAAAGGUUAUCCUAGAUAAUGUAUGAUGCCGACAAACCAUUGGCAACAGGUACUUUAGAGGUGACAAAAAUGACAACUGCUUUCUAACCAAACCACUCACAAUCUUGCUUCUACUUUGCAUGAUACUCGGAAGGUAAUCACUGUUUUCCUCCAGCAUUUGCUUGGAAAGGUAAAUUAAACAAGAAAUCAAAGUUUAGUGGAGAUGGCAGCUUCGAUAGGUGACCUGCUAUGCUCUUAUGGCAGUAAACGGUGGUGGUUAGGAUGCAAACCCACCACCAAUACAAAAUGGGGGAAUAAUAGGUUUGAGCCUUUCAGUUUAGAUUUAUAAUAUAUCAUUGACUAUUUUGCUCUGAUUCCAUUUUUGCUUUACCUUCACCUUUGAACACAGACACACACACUCUACACUAGCCCUCCCACCAGUAGGGACAGUUGAUCACAUAAAGGGUUCAGUUGGUUCAGUUUGGCUUGUCGGACGUGUCCCUUGUGAAUUUCCCUUUGCACUUUGCAAUAAAGCUUUUCAGUUGAGAAGUGAUCAAUGUGUUACUUCGCCAGUUCAAAUUUGAUUCCGGGAGAAGAAUAUUCCCAACAGUAGGGUUUUUAUAGGGGCUCAAAACAAUAGUAUAGCGGCCAUUCUGAUUGGUUGAAAAGGUAUAAAGUUGAGCGUGCCAUAUGGCACUCUUGGGACUGAAAGGGUUAAGGACGGCAGAAACAUGAAUGAAGCGCCAAACAUUUUCCCGCUGACCAAUAGUGUCACUCGAUUACUCAUCUUGAACCUGAUUAAACUUUAUAUUCUCCUCUGAGGCUCCUACAGUCAUUGACAACUUAAUAUGUAGACCUGUAUACCAGCUUGGUAAUGCAAGUAUUUAAUUAGCCAAUCAUGUGGCAGCAACUGAAUGCAUAAAAGCAUGCUGAAGUGGUCAAGAGGUUCAGCUGUUUCAGACCAAAUGACAGAAUGGGGGGGGGGAAGUGAUCGAAGUGACUUUGACCAUGGAAUGAUUGUUGGUGCCUGACAGGGUGGUUUCAAUAUCUUAGAAACUGCUGAUCUCGUGGGAUGUCGGAGGUCCAGAAAGCUCCUGAAAACUGUCAGUCAGAGCCUGGGUUACACCCUUCGCCUCAAGAGGGUAUGAAGGUCCUGCAAACGGAAGUUCUGCACCCUGCCACCCCCACAGAUAGGACUGUGGGGCAGAAGAAGGUGUCCUCCAGGAAUUGGUGGAGUGCAAAGCCCACGUACAUCGCCCUCCUGUUCCUGUUAUUGGUACCUACCGUUAACUUCAAUCCGAUCCCUGCAAGGAAGUGUGCACUCUGCCGGGACCCACAAUGCGCAGCACACCGCCUCAAAAUAUGCAGAGGUGAUAACUGCACAUGGCUGGACAGAACGUUGGGAAUCAAAAACUGCAGCAAGGACAACCUGAAGCCAGAUGAGCCGUGUCAGCUGAUGAACGGAAGCCUUGUGGUGCAGUCUGACCAGCCCAUUUCCUUUGAAGGCAUGAAGGCUAUCCCCUCCAAGAAUGUGCUCUGCGCUGAUCUUGACCUGUCUCCCGGACCCAAGUCUCUCCUCGGCCAAUCGAUGAACACUACCGCCAACACCACGACCCCAGACACCGGGCUUCAUCGUGCUGCAAUUGGGUGGAGUGCAGGAGGUGUUGACAUCCGUGUCGUUAUCGGGGUCCUUAUCGUUAUCGCUGUCAUUAUUGGUAUCAUCGUAUGGAAGUGUGGAAAAAGGUGUUGCCAAAGACUGGGCAGGAUGGGUGGUCCUCAGAACGCUGCGCCUCCUGAUGGGAACAUUAUUGCAUUAGGCAGAAGCUCUUAUCCAGAGCAACGUACAGUUUAUUAGACUAAGCAGGAGACAAUCCUCCCCUGGAGCAAUGCUGGGUUAAGGGCCUUGCUCAAGGGCCCAAUGGCUGUGUGGAUCUUAUGGUGGCUACACUGGGAUUAGAGCCACCGAUCUUGCGUGUCCCAGUCAUUUACCUUAACCACAAUGCUACAGGCCGCCUGUCACAUUUCAGGUCUGUCUUGCCUUGUUUCAUGUUUAAUCAUUUUGUCUUAAUCACGUAUUGUCUUAUCAUGUAUUAUGUUAGUCUAGGUUCGUCAUGUUGUUUAGUUUAUUUCUUGUUACGAUUAAUUUUCUUGUCAUGUCUAGUUAUGUUUUUGUUACGAUUAUUUUACCUUGUUAUGUUUAGUGGUUAUCGUCUUAGUUCGUUUAGUGUUAUGUUUUGAUUUAUGUUCAUUGUUACGUCAACUGGUCGUUGUUUAAACAUACACUUUUACAUGUCUUUCCGCAAACCUUGCAUUCCGGUUUUCUCUCUCUCCCUUUCUGUCACUCACACCCUAAUUGUUUCUAUUUGUCUAUUUACUAAAACUACUAAUGCUAGAUCAGGAUUGGGUAAUACUAACAGACUAAUCAUGUGUUCAUGUUACCUUACAUUUCUCGUGCAUGUCAUUUACUAAUUUACUAAUGCUAGGGCAGGAUAGGUUUAUUACUAACGAUUACUAAUUACCUUGUUAAACUUGUCAUCCAUCGCACCUGUUUUCCAUUCCUUUGCUGCUCUCUAACUAAUUGUCUACACCUGUCUACACCCGCAUUUAUAGCCCAGUCGCACUUCUGUUCUUUGUGAAAUUGUCUGCCUCUUGUCUGUCAAAGCAACCCGUGAGCAUUUUUACCAUUGAUCUCACAGUAAGAGCCAAGCCUGUUUAUCGACCACUGUUAUUGAUUUCUGUUUCGUUGACCAUCGCUUGUUUUUGACCACGUCCUCGCCUACUGUUUUUGUACCUUCGCCUCGCUGUUUGUUUCAUGGUUUCGACUUCCGCAUCGCCCUCGACUACGACCCUGCCUGCCGCCCGCCUAUAUUUCUGCCCCGCUGACAGCUCUCCUGCUACCGGACCUCCCUGCACGUCUACCGACUACAAGUUUGCCUCUUCCCUCGGCACCGUGUUUUCUGAUUUGUUUAUUGUUUUAUUGGCUGGAUCUACAUGUAUGGACUUUGCUUGUUUUGACUACGCUCCUGGGAUUCGUCUUGAAUAAAGCCCUGACGGGACUUUAUUUUA